AUGCGGGGCUCCAUCCCAGGACCCCGGGAUCACGACCUGAGCCGAAGGCAGACGCUCAACCAACUAAGCCAGCCAGGCGUCCCUAUUUUAAAAAAAAUUUUUUUAAAAACUUUUAUUUAUUUAGAGAGCAAGCAGGGGGAGGGGCAGAGGGAGAGACUCUCAAGUAGAUUCCGUGCUGAGCCUGACGCGGGGCUCGAUCUCACGACCCUGAGAUCAUGACCUGAGCCGAAAUCAAGAGUCUGAUUAACUGACUGAGCCACCCAGGGGCACUGGGAGGGGGCAGGGACCCGCCGAGCCCACUCCUGUUUUUUUAAGUUUUUAUUUUAAUUCAGGUGUAUUUAACACAAUGCAAUACUAGUUUCAGGUGCACAAUAUAGCGACUUAGCACUUCCAUACGUUACCCGAGCUCAUCACGACAUGCGCUUUCUCCAUCCGCAUCACCUGGCUCCCCCUCCCCCACCCACCUCCCCUCUGGUCGCCAGUGGUUUGUUCUCUGUAGUUAAGAGUCUGUUGUGUGGCUUGCCUCUGUCUCGUUUCCCUGUGCUCGUUUCUGUGUCUUAAAUCCCACAUACGAGGGGAAUCAUAGGGUGUUUGUCUCUCUCUGACUUAUUUCACGCAGCCUAAUACCGUCUAGCUCCAACCGGCAGGACCUCGUUCUUUCUGAUGGCUGCGCACUAUCCCAUAUGCACCACACCUUUCUCCUCUCGUCGGUCGGUGGACCUGUGGGCCCCUUUGAGUCUGUGCUUCCGUGUCCUUUGACCUCACCCCUGCUUUUCAGUCCCUGCCCCAGCUUCAGGCCACCGUGUAGGAAGGCGUUGAGCCAGGAGAGGCACAGAAGCUGUGAUGCGACCUCGGGCAGGGGUGAGUGUCAUGGGGGGUGUGCGCCCCGCUCCUCCCACCCGCAGAGGCCCAGCGCUGCCUUCUGCUGCACCCCUGCUUCGUGCCCACGUGGUGGUCAUGCUCCGGGCUCCGCCGCCCCGGUCCUGCGCGCUCUGCUCUGUCCGCCGUCAGGAGCCGGGGCUCGCGGAACACGAACGGGGGCAGGGGUGUGAAGCGAGCAGCCCCCAGCACCACGGGAAGGCGCGUGGAGGGAAAUCUCCUGCCUCCGUCUGUCUGAAGAACACCUUCCCUUUUAUGUUUUACUGAGACGCGUUGACGUGGAACAUUGUGAGCUUGGUGCGUGCGGUGGGAACAAGGAGGUCCGGCCUCCUGACAGCUACGAACUUCACAGUCGGGCGUUGUUGGCGGUCAUUGCUGAGCUGUGACCAUGUUCUGUGUGAGGUCGUUUCUACUCAGUCCCAGAAAAACACGUUCUGGCCGUGGCUUUGCUGAGACACUCUUCACAUUCCGUCCAGCUGCCCACCCAAGGCGUGCGCGGGGCGGGGCGCCUGGCGGGCUCGGUGGGGGGAGCCUGCCGCCCUUGACCUCAGGGUGGUGAGUUCAAGCCCCACGUUGGGUGAGGAGCCUACUUAAAAAAAGAAAGAAAGGAAGAAAAGUGUGGAUGUUAGGGGUUUAUGGUAUAUUCACAGAGUUGGGCAACCAUCACCACCAUCAAUGUUAGAGCCUUCAUCACCCCAAAAAGAGACCCCAUGCCUUCCAGCCUCACCUCCCCGACCACUCCUGCCCUCCAGCCCAGGGCAACCAGCAGCAUAACUCAUCUUUUUUUUUAUUUUUUAUUUUUAAGAUUUUAUUUAUUUAUUUGAGAGAGAGAAUGAGAUAGAGAGAGAGCAUGAGAGGGGGGAGGGUCAGAGGGAGAAGCAGACCCCCCGCCGAGCAGGGAGCCCGAUGCGGGACUCGAUCCCGGGACUCCAGGAUCAUGACCUGAGCCGAAGGCAGUCGCUUAACCAACUGAGCCACCCAGGCGCCCCAUCAUAACUCAUCUUUAAACGUGUUCCCGAUCACUUGGGGUUCAGGUUGUUGUCAGCAUUUCUUAACGAUACGUGAUUACGCUUCUAUCCCAUCCCAGUGUGUGGGCUCCCCAACACGAACAAGCGAUUCUCCGACCCCAGCUGGGCUCCUACCGUUCAAGUCAGCUCUGGCACCGUCUACCCGUCCCACAGGACUGCCCCCCACCCCCGGCCAAUCCAAGUCCUCAUUGUCACCUGAGCUUCUGACCCACCGGAUAUGGAUGAGAGGUUCCCACGAGCCCCUCCUUGGGUUUGAUUAACAUGCUAGAGCAGCUCACAGAACUCGGGAAAGCCUUUCACUUACCACAUCGCCGGCCUGGGGCUCAGGAACAGCCAGAUGGAAGAGGUGGUCGCGGCCAGGUGCGGGGGCGGGGAAGCACGUGGGGCUCCCAUGGCCUCUCCCCGCACCAGCAGGUGCUCGCCGACCUGGCACGCUGAUGUUAAGUCCAGACUAGGCUGGGGCCCCGCAAACCUGACCCCCAGCUCAGGGUCACCCCCUCCCAUCCCCAUUCCACACACAGCUCUGGCCACACGAAAAUACUCUCGGGUCCCCUGAGUCGUCCCAGCUCGCCCCCUGGACACCUGCCCUCCUCUGCCGAGCCGCCUUCUCAACGCCAUUCUUCACUCACCAAAUCCUACUCUAGUAUUGAGACUCAGCCCUGGGGUGUCUCCUGCUGGGGGGCAGACACCUCCUCAGCGCUCCCGCCAUGCCCAGCGCUACCCUGGUCAUGGCCCAUUCAUCUCACGCUGGGGUCCCCUUCCCUGACCGUCUCCUCGGUGCCGCACCCUUGGCCAGGACCAGAAGACGCUGUUUGCCCACUGAGCUCGUGGCCGGCCUGUGGUCAGGCUGCAGGAACCUGCAGAUGUUGGCUUCUCAGAGGACAUCCUGGUGGAAGACUUUGUUGACCAUGUCAGGAAAAAUGAGAAGGACAGCAAUUGUGGCUUUGGGGAGGAGUACCAGCAAUUGGCUCUGGAGAGUCCCAGUUGGUCUCAAACGGUGGCCUCAGCUCCGGAAAACCGCCAAGAACCGUUACAGGAACGUGCUGCCCUGUGACUGAUCUCGUGUGCCCCUGAAGCCCCUCCAGGAGGAGCCAGACUCAGACUACAUCAAUGCCAGCUUCAUGCCUGGUCUUGAGAACCCCCAGGAGUUCAUUGCAGCCCAGGGCCCCCUGCCCCAGACGGUGGGUGAUUUCUGGCGCCUGGUGUGGGAGCAGCAGAGCGGCACCCUGGUCAUGCUGACCAACUGUGUGGAAUCCCGCCAGGUGAAGUGUGAGCAUUACUGGCCUCUCGACGCCAAGCCCUGCACACAUGGGCACCUACAAGUGACGCUGGAGGGUGAGGAGGUGCUGGAGGACUGGACAGUCCGAGACCUGAAGCUCCAGCACGUGAGUCCGCGGUACUCGGCCGGCCCCAUCCCCCGGGUUCCGUGCCUCCGAACCCGUCCCGAGGCUGAGCCUUCUGUCACUCUCCCAGGGGACCACAGCAUGCCCAGGGAUGCCCCCCGCCACUCAGAAACCAGCCCCCCCGGGGGUCCUGAGCUCUCCCUCCCCAACCCACCCUCCCUCUAG